AUGCCUCCCGCUGUCCGAACACUAACCGAGGACAAAGUCAUCUCUAGGAAGAGCAGCGCUAGAAGUCUCUCCGACGGCAAGGCUGUUCCGAAGCCCAAAGAAGAGGAGCAUAAAUCCCCUACUCUUGCUGAAAUUGAGAACCUCUCUGGUGCUGUUACUAACCUCUUCCACCCAGGACGCGCUGAGCCCUUUGAGAAGCUUCCCCAGGAGACAGAGAGCCUACAGUCGUGGAGCUCUGAUAGCUCCUAUGGCAUUAUUACCCCACCUUUCCCUGUAGCCUCCCCUAGUCCUGAAGACUCACCCGAGCUAAUGAGCGCUGACGUUUUCCUCCCUCCAGUGAUUUCUAACCCGGAUACCCUAGAUGAGGAUGCUAACACUAUUUCGAAACGGUGGGCCGACAUGCGUGCGAAGAACCGCAUUGGACGUUAA